AUGGGAGGCCCAAUUUUAUAUCUAUCUAUCUAUCUAUCUAUCUAUCUAUCUAUCUAUCUAUGUAUUUGUAUAUGUAUAUUUAUUAAUAUCUAUCUAUCUAUCUAUCUAUCUAUCUAUCUAUCUAUCUAUAUAUAUAUAUAUAUAUGUAUGUAUAUACCAGGUCAACAGGGCUCACUCUGUGCCCUCCACUGCCUCAACUCUCUUCUUCAAGGCCAAUAUUUCAAUCCAGUUGAUCUGGCUGAAAUAGCUCGCAAAUUAGAUGACCAAGAAAGAGAACAAAUGGCAGAGGGAGGCAUUAAUUCACAGGAAUACAUGCAUUUUUUAGAGCAACCAUCUUCAAAUAUGGAUGACCGAGGGUUCUUUUCUAUACAAGUAAUAACAAAAGCACUAGGAGUUUGGAGCUUAGAUAUCAUACCAUAUAAUAGUCAACAUCCCACAGCAAUAGAUGCAAGAAAAAAUCCUGUUUUACAGUCAGCCUACAUAUGCAAUAUGAGAGAACAUUGGUUUACCAUACGCAAAAUAGGUUACCAAUGGUUCAAUCUGAAUUCACUCUUGAGUGGACCAGAACUCAUUUCUGACACAUAUUUGGCCUUAUUUCUUACACAAUUACAGCAAGAAGGUUAUUCUAUAUUCAUCAUUGUUGGUAGUUUGCCUCAUUGUGAAGCUGACACUCUACUAAAGCUGAGCCCUGCCAUACAAACAGUGAAACCCACAAUUGAAACACCUUUGUCUGCAAAUUCAUCACUUGAAGACCAAAUGGAUACCAGUUUGCAACAUGUAAUAGAAACGACACGCGAAUAUGCAGAGCGAGAUGACCCAUCGUUACAGAGGGCUUUGGAAAUGAGCUUAAGAGACAAUCAAAAGCAGGAGGAGGCUCAACUUGAAACUGCUCUUCAAUUAAGUAUGCAAGAGGAUGAUCUGAAUAGUACUACCAAUGCUGUUGAAACCCCCAGUUCUGCUAGCGUCCCCUCAACAUCCCACAAAUCACCAGACCCUCCUUUAUCUGUGGAUGAGCUGAGACAAAAGAGACUUUUGUAUCUGAGUAGAACAAACAGCAUACAAAAUAAUGGGGAAUCAUCUGAAGCUUGUUCGUCCAGUAUAAAUAACGCUGUUCAACCAAAAGAAAAUAGUGACAAAAAUGAUGAACUUAGUGAAGAAGAAAUGUUAAAAAAGGCAAUAGCCAUGUCAAUGGAAGCUGCAUCUAUGUGA